UCCUGUGUUGUUGUUUAUAAAUAUUUUAGUUUGCCGCUGACUGUCUAAAUGUAGUUUUACUUGUCUUAUUGGGCUGUUUUAUGUGCUUUGAACCAUAAUAAUAAAUAAUUUCUUCGCUAACUUUUCGACAGCACGUGGGAAAGUAAAGAUUUACGCCUUACAAUCGACUGUAAACUUACAGUUGCUAUCGCUCUUACAAAACAGUGCUUGUGGUCCAUAAUAAUCAGUAUUUUGAGUCGUUUAUCAUGAAGUUGUUGCGUUUGUUGAAUGUCAUUGGUGUUUGUCCUAAUCGGUUUAUCCCUGUUUAACACAGAGCUGCCCUGAUUCCCUUUGAAAGUAAGACUGAUGAUGACUGCACAUAUUUCACACAUCACCUGUUUCACAUGAGCACAGUGACAAUGUGGAGAUAGUGUGUUAUUGUAAACAGAAUGGAGAACUCCUCUAAAGAAGAGUACACGAUCCAGUCGUUUGAUUUGGAGACACAGAAACUCCUCAAAACUGCCUUGAAAGAUCCAGGUUCAGUUGACCUGGAAAAAGUGUCCAAUGUAAUAGUGGACCAGUCUCUGAAGGACCUGAUCUUCAGCAGAGAGGCCGGACGCAUCUGUUACACGAUUGUCCAGGCAGAGGCCAAACAGACCAAUGGGAAUGUGUUUCGGCGUAACCUUCUGAACCGACUGCAGCAGGAAUUCAAAGCCAGAGAAGAGAUUCGGAAGAGAUCCACUCAGGAGUGGGUUUGCCUUGUGUCCUUCAUCUGCAACGUCUUUGACUACCUCAAGGUGAACAACAUGCCCAUGAUGGCCCUGGUGCACCCCGUCUAUGACUGUUUGUUCAGACUGGCCCAAUCUGAUGCCCUGAAGAACGAGGAGGAGGUGGACUGUCUGGUGUUACAGUUGCAUCGUAUUGGAGAUCAGCUGGAGAAGAUGAACCUGCAGCUCAUGGAUGAGCUGUUCAAUCUCCUGAGGGAUGGAUUUCUCCUGCAGGAGGACCUGAGCUCCAUGGGUCGCCUGCUCCUGCUCGAGAUCCUUGAGUUUCGUGCAGGAGGCUGGACUCUCGACGAAACGGCUCAGAAAUACUACUACAGCGAAGUGACAGACUGAGGCCUCCACCAAUCAGAGAAACAAGAAAUUCUUACAUUAACCUUUGAUGAAGGCUUGGAGAUUCACUAGGCAUUUAUCACGAUUUGUCAAAGUUCGUUGCAGUACUGGGUUUUGGUUUUGUUGUGGUUUUUGAAGUUGACUUGAAGUGACAUGAAGUUGAUCAUAUUUUUAAUACUUUUUUAAUACUCAUUCCUGGUUUAAUAUAGUUUUAUUCAUUCAUAUUAUUAGAAAAAAAAACACAAUUCAUAAUUUAUUUAGAGCAAAGUUUUAUAACUUUAUCAUCUCUGAAAUGACACCCAAGGCCACUUGGGGUUUAAUCAGUGGGUGCUGGUAGCAUUUCCCCAAUUAGCAGUUUUUUUCCAAUCUGCAAAUAAUAGCCCAUGUUGUAAUGUUAGAAAUAUGUCCCAGCAUUCCCCAGGACAAAAUAAUAAUAUGUGCGAUAAUGCAGUUCAUUCAUGGUUAAACAUACUUUUUAAUCAAGUAGAAAAAUAGUAGAAAGUUAUAGAAAAAAGCUUUAAAGCUUUUUUUGGCUAUAAAUCACAGUAUAUUUAGUUAUCGUUGGUCACAGAUCUUAAGACAUUGUAGUUAAUCAGUUUGAAAGUGAAUGAAGUUGAAGUACAUCUCCGUUUGAUCAUUGAAGUGCCAGAAUAGGAGCAUUACAAUCAUGAUUCAUUUUAUUUAGGUCUUCUAUUAGUGUCAAGGGCUGUAAUCUAAACACUAGAGAUGAUUAGAUGGAUUUAUUUAAUAGAGAUGGAGGGAUAUAUUUAAUAUUUUUUUAAGUAUUUUAUUUUCUUAAAUAAGCUAACAAGUUAUAUUUGCUUCUGUAGAAGAACAGCUGUUUCUAUUGUAUAGAAAUAUUACUUUACUUCAUAUAUUUGUUGUUUUUAAUGAACCAGAAACGGUUUAUAAGAGUCAUAUUUAAAUAUAAUGUUUCCUUACAAGCUAAUAUUUUUAUACUACUAAAAGAAGAGUGAAUGUAUAUCAAAAAAACUUCUACAGGCAAGCUUGCAUAAAUUCACACAGUUACGUUAAUAUUUAUUUUUUCUUAUUAUUAAUUCAUUUCAAUCUGAUGAGAUCCACUGGUCUGAAAUGUUAACAUGUAGUCAGGUGAUAUGACUAAAUGUUGUAUUUGAAAGUCAAAAAUGAAGCUUCUGUGCAGUUGUUUCAGCCUCACUGAUUCCUCAGGCCAAACCAGUGACUUGUAUAGUUGUUUUCAAUAAAGAAACUAUUAAUUAUUUUUAAGCACAA